AUGGGCACAUGGGAGGUCACAAACCUCCCAUCUGGCAUGAACACCAUUGACACCAGGUGGGUACUCAAGAUAAGGAUGGACACAAACCUGGUACCUAUGAAGUUUAAAGCAAGACUGGUGGCAAGAGGAUUCACUCAGAGAGAAGGUAUCGACUACACAGAAAUCUUUGCACCAGUGACACCAAUCCAGGAAAUUCAAGGAGUAUUGGUGGUGGCAGCUGUGCAAGACUGGGAGGUAGACUCAGUCAAUGUCAAGCAAGCAUACCUCAACUCCAACCUUCAACAUGAUGUUUAA